AUGUCACAUUGUAGCCCGUCUCCUACACUUGUUGAUACGAAGCCAAAGCUCAGUGCUUCGAAAGAUGCACCAUUUGAUGAUCCGACUAAGUAUCGUCAACUUGUUGGGGCUUCGCAGUACCUUACAUUCACUAGACCCGAUAUCUCAUAUGCCGUCCAACAGGUGUGUCUCCACAUGCAUGACCCUCGUAUUAAACAUAUGACUGCUCCUAAGCGUAUUCUGCGCUACAUUCAGGGGUCUAUUGACUUUGGUCUGCAUCUCUACAAGUCUACUGUCAACAGCUUAGUCUCCUAUACAGAUGCAGAUUGGGGUGGUUGUCCGGACACUAGGAGCUCCACCUCUGGUUAUUGUGUCUUUUUCGGUGACAAUUUGAUCUCUUGGUCUUCAAAACGUCAGCCCACACUCUCCCGUUCUAGUGCCGAGGCCGAAUACAGGGGAGUUGCUAAUGUUGUCUCUGAAUCCUGCUAG